AUGUCGGAGGAUACAUCAGAAGUUUAUAGGGCUGUCAUGGACGGCAAACUUAUGACUUUAACAGGAAUACUUGCCGAGGACCCUUCUCAAGCAUUUUCGAAAGAUCAAGACGAAAGAACUCCAUUACACUGGGCAUGCUCAUUUCAGCGAGCUGAUAUGGUGAAACUUUUGCUCAAUCCAUUCCAGGUGGUUAAUCAAGCUGGAAACCUAUCUGGAUCUACUGGAAAACUGUCUGGAAACUCAAACAAUACCAAACGGAUAAAAAUCGAUAUAGACGAGUUACAGGAUGCUAGCGGAUGGACACCGCUCCAUAUAGCAGCGGCAGUUGGAAAUAUUGAUAUCGUGAAACUUUUGGUUGAGAGAGAUCCGGCCCCCGAUGUGAAUUUACAAACUUCCACUGGUCAAACUUGCUUGCACUAUGCGGUGAGUAAAAAUCAUUAUGACGUAGCAUGCUAUUUGGUGAGAAAUUGCAAGGCGAGUGCUAGAAUCAAGGACAAAAAAUCACAAUAUCCACUUCACAGAGCCGCGGCAAUUGGUUCAAUUAAACUAUGCCAGCUCUUGAUAAAAGAAGCUAAGGCUGCACUAAAUCCCAAAGAUAUCUACAGCUUUACGCCCUUACACCAUGCAUUGGCCGAAGGACAUGGCGAUGUUGCCAUUUAUCUUGUGAAAUGUGGGGCGGAUUACCAUGUUGAGGAUAAGGAUGGAAAUACUCCUUUAGAUGUUGCAGUUGAUUCAAAAGUGCAAGCGUACUUUAAGAGGCAAUUGGAGCAGGAAGGUUACGAAUUGUAA